UGAAAGGUGUGUUACAGUGUGUAAACUCGCGCUGGUCCGGUUCUCGGCAUGGCUCGGUUCUGAUUGUCGCUGCUGCUGGGAGCUGGUGUUCUGGUGUUCGGCUGGUGGUAAUGGCAGAUUUUACAGCAGCAGAGUAACAGUGCGGGGCCAGUGCAGGGAGUCCGUGCGGUUACUGUGAUCCGGGUUAUUCAAAGUAAAGAUGGAGGAGGUGGAGUCUGCGGAGGAGCUACUAGUGAAAGAGCAGCGCAGGGAGAAGAAAGAGCUGCAAGCUAAAAUCCAGAGUAUGAAAAAUGCUGUACCUAAAAAUGACAAGAAAAGAAGGAAGCAACUGACUGAAGACAUUGCCAAAUUAGAGGCAGAGCUGAGUCAAAAACAUGACAAUGAGCUCAAACUGCUACAGACCAACUCCAAUGCUGCAGAGAAGGUUGAGGAAGUUUCCAGUGCUGUAAAUUCUAUAAAUCUGUCUGGCGGAGAGCAAGCCGAUGGUAAGCAGCCCCGACUAACCAAGGCUCAAAAGAGACGGGACAAGAAAGCUGCUCAGGAGAAGGAGCGAGAGAAUCGCAUUGCCGAAGCAGAGUUGGAGAACCUGUUAGGAUCUAGACAUCAGGAGGGUCUGAAACUAAAGCAGAAGUUGACAGAGAAGCAUCUGCAGAUCAAGGAGAUCUCCUCUGAUGGCCACUGCAUGUACCGGGCUGUAGAGGAUCAGCUGGUGGAGCGUGGGCGUGCACUUGGGAUCCAGGAGCUCCGUGCUCAGACUGCUCAGUACAUGAGGAGCCACUCAGGCGAUUUCCUGCCUUUCCUUACCAACCCAAACACUGGAGACAUGUACACUGAAGAGGAGUUUGAGAAGUACUGCAGUGAUGUUGCGGAAACAGCAGCUUGGGGUGGACAGUUAGAGCUAAGAGCACUUACACAAGUCCUCCAGUUACCAAUAGAAGUCAUUCAAGCGGAUUCGCCUGCAAUUGUUAUAGGAGAAGAAUAUGACAAACUGCCAAUUACCCUCAUUUACAUGAGACAUGCCUAUGGGUUGGGGGAGCACUACAACUCAGUGGAGCCACUGAAAGAAGUAGCAAGUGAGGAGCAGGAGUGAAUCAGGAGUGUCUCAGAUCACUGCAGGAAAGAGCAUCCGUAUUGGACCUUGCUUCAGUCUAGAAAGAGGCCAAAUUAAUAUCUGGCUUUGCUUACCUCUAACUCUGACAGACUAGAUACUGAAUCAGUGAGAGGAAGCUUUCAUAAUUAAAGACCCAAGGGAUCAAUAGCUGUCAGUUUUUCACAGUUACAGCUGUCGGUGCAGAAGUUUUUCCAUACACUCAUUGUGGGCAUAAAUUUUAUGCAUUAUUGAGCUUUUAGUGAUUUAUUUAAAUGGUAUGUUUUCUGGAGCAGAGCAUUGUACAGCAUUGACAGAAAUCAAAUCAGUGCCCUGGUUUUCUGAAAUUAAAUUAAUUAAAAUUACACAAACAAACCAACAUGCACAUUUAUUGGAUUGACCGGUAGUAUACAUUGGACACUGGAAAGGUCCUAAGUGCACAUUGCAGAUCUGAGAAAGAUGAUUGUAGAUUUACACAAGUUUGAAAUGUCUUUUAAGCUAUUUCUAAACCACUGCAGAUUCUACAAUCAUCAGUUCAAGCUAACCAGAAGUUGUUGAGAAGUGUAGUCACUUUAGCAAGGUCUGAAAAAAGAACAAAACUGUCACCCUCACCUGAAAGGAAAUUGGUUUGGAUGGUCUGGAAUAUCUAUAGAAUAAUCAAGGCAAAGGCCUAAACUGGAAACUGCUGUAACAUCAGUGUCACUGUCUACACCCAUGUGAGUUUUAACAGCCUGGGAGAAAGCUUUACAGUAAGAUAAGACAAAAUAGAGUUGACUAGCCACAACAGUCAUAGUAUGUUAAGAGAAGUACAGGUGGGGCAUUCAAGACCACAGUACCAACUGUUAAGCAUGGUGGUGGGAGCAUCAUUCUCUUGGCUUCUUUUGGAAUUGGUACAUUGUGCAAACAGUGACCCCAAACAUGCAUUAAUGGUUAUUGUGCAAUUGCUCAAACCAUUUAACAUUGAGUUUUUUGCAAUGGCCUCCCUCAAGUACUGACCUUGAAUUUGUGAACUGAUUAAAAGUUGGGUCAGUGAUAGAAAUUCAACACAUUUAAUUGAACUCUUCCUCGUGUGAAGAAUGAGUUUGCUAUUGCCCGAAGGAUUUAAAUAAAAAAAAAAGAAUUCUUGUUUUUGUCUGCUAGCAUCGAUGUAUGUUUUAAGCUCAUUCUGCCCCAGGAACAGACUGCCAAGUCUGUAUGAAAUAAUAAAAAAAGUCAAUUAAUGCCAUGACAUCCAUGUUUAUGAUGAGUGUGGGUAAACAUAUGAACAUGACUGUACGACAAUAUGUGUGUAAGAUUAUGGAUUCUGUAAAAACAUACAUAUAAACAAAACAUACUGUAUAAGGAAAACAUAUGAUCUCAGUAAGGAUGAAGGCUACAUGUUACAGCUUUCUUGGAAUUUAAAAAACAAAUAAUAAAUACAUUUAGUUUCCACUUCCUGUGUUUUUAGAAAAUCUUGACAGACAGGAAAUGACUUUAAAAAUGCACUUAAAACUAGUCUGUAUGUGCCGUAAAGCUAAACCAUGUUUGUGAAUAAAAUUAUGGUGUGGGAUGUUUAUUUGUAAACCUGCAUACAGUUAGAGGAAAUCCACUGGAGUGGCAUCUAAUUUGCUGUGCUGUUGUAGCAAAAAACUGGAACCUCCAUCUGGGGCAAUGUCCCCUGGGCAAAUUUUGUAAAUUUGUCAUCCAGGUUUUACAGAAUGUACCAUUUUUGUGUCAGUCCUUCAGAGGAAUUUAGCUUGGCCAGCAUAGUGUGGCAUGUUUUUGCCUAGUUCAGCUGGAUGUCUAGCUUGUCAGUUACUGAAGGAUUUCCUAAUAUCAUUUUUAAUCUGCAAGUUUUAUUAAUAGUACAAACCUAAAAUUGCUAUUUUCUCACCAUUGUCAAUUCAUGAAUUAAUUAUUCCACUUCAUUUUAAAUAAAAAAAUACAAAAAGUACAUGAGAUGUAAUUAUACCUGUUUAUUGAUUAAAUGAGUCUUGUUACAGCCA